AUGGCAUCGCAAGAAGACGUCUCGGAACAGGUCGGUUUCAAAGGCACGGAAAAGUGCGGAACGAGUGAUCAACACGACUUUACAGAGUUCCAAGCCAGUACAGUCGUGGCCUCGGAAGCUACCGUGGAACCAGAAGACCCUAGCAGGAACGAAAUCCUCCCAAGCGAGGAAGACGAGGAAUCCCGCUCUCCAACCCCGAGUCCUGGAAACAAGCCAUCUGGAGAGAGAAAACGAUCAUCCUGGUCUGACUCCGAUGACAACAUCAGCUCUCUGAACGAGAGCUGCAGUCUGGCAAGCGACGAUGACGAUGAUUUCGCAUAUAAUGAAUUAGUGGAAAGUAUUAGCAACCUCAUUUUGAAGUCUUCUUGCGUCGAUAACCCCGAAGAUCGAAACAUCCCCGUGGAGCUCUACAUCCACAAUUUCCUUGAGCAAAUCAUGAAUCACCCAAGGCCUUCCCCUGAGUGUCAAACUCUGUGUCUCCCGAUUCGCAGCCUCCCAAUACAAAACAAUGAGUCUCAUGGAGAUGCAUGCGAAUCAGACAUGCAUAUUCAGGACCAAGGUAGCAAUAAAGACAGCACGGGCAGAAGAAAGCGGAAGAGCGAUGGAGCACCCGGCGAUUCUCGCAAGCGUAGCGGCAAGGAUGAAGACGAUCCCGGUGACAUCCAAGAAGAAAAGCACAGCAAGGACCAACAGAGAAUCAAGAAGCAGAAAAUGGGCAGAAAGGACGUCAAUCUGAGCUGCCCUUUCCGGAAGAGGAACCCAAACCGCUUCAACGUUCGCGGGCACGGAAAUUGUGCGUUGAGCUCAUUUGGGGACUUCGCAUUACUCAAGCCUGUUGGACAGGACGAUCCCGAGGAUGGCAUCACCCAAGACACCCUUCGAGCGCUUACAGCGAGAGGAAAUGAAGACAAAAUCGACUCAUGGGCAUCAUUAUGGAAUCUCUUAUUUCCUGAUGACAAUCUCAAUGCUAUUCCAUCUCCAGACCACGAACCGCCUGUUGAGCUCGACGAAGUACAAGAACAUUGUUACAGUGAAGAAGCACUCUAUGAUUUCGUCGAGAACCAUACAGUGAACAACGAUAUAGGGUCGACAGAAGGCCACGGCUUCCGAUACAUCGUUGAAACCUUCAGGCACUGCCGUAGUGAACAAUCUCACGAUCAUUCCGAGAAGAGACUUGAGCGCGAUCGGCGAUUCUUGAAUACGGUACGCGAUAGAUUCAACACAAGUCAGUGCCAAUACGGCGCUCAGCAAAGGCCCUCUGCGUUUGUUUACCAUGUUUCCGAAACUUUGCCAGACGAGUGGAUGCCCAACGAGAACGACCCUAUGUUUGGAGACAAUCUCGAUGCCAACGACGGACACUUUCAAUUUACUUCGUCGUCGUCGUAUGAUCCCAGUCCUUUCGGCAUCCAUGCUUCUCAAGAUUCCGCUCCGGGCGUGCUUCCGUCAUCUGAAAUCCCGACACAACAGGCGGCCCCACAACCCGCACCUGCAAAGUAUCCAGCGCCGUACACGACCAUGUUGUCCCAGAAUGGCCGUCCGUGCUCGCCGGGAGAGAGCCUCAAUCCUUCGAGCGGGCCAUCGUCGCAGAGCCGCGAUUCAGGCUAUCAGACUCAGGAGCACGACGCGGCACUUCAUUCCGAUGGGAGGCUGAGCGGCAGCGGGGAUGGCAAUUUUUCCACUCCGCCAGGCUGCAUGCCUUGCCAUCACUCGCCCCCAGAACAAAGUUCCGAAUUCAACCUGUGCGGCGUCGGAAGCAGCACAUUCAUGGGAGCGGAAAGCCCAGAAGGCUCUAAUAGCGAUGGGGGCCUCGGGCCGCUGACGAAUAUGUAUUGA